GGGAAAUGUCCUAGCAUAAUUUAUGUAAACACAUUUAUCCUGUGUGCGGAGCCAAUCCGUGCUGUGUCGGCGUCGGAAACUGAGUAUUCAUAAUGUAAACAGAGGAUGUUUGCAAGUGGUUACGGCCUGGAUGUUAGCCAGUACUCAGCUAUAGGGUUAAAGCUGCUAUGCGUCUGAUUGGAUCAAAAAGAUAAGGUCUUCCUGUCAAUUUGCUGAAGUAUUCUCUAAGUGGAGCCACUGUUAAGUAAAUCUGCCUCAGCAAUCUUUGCAUAUAUGUAAUCAAAUGGCAAGCCAGGAAAUCCAGCUGCAGCAAGUGAAACUUCAAAUGGAAACUCCUUGCCAGCAGCAGCAACAACAACAGCAACAGCAGACUUCACAGGUCAGUGACAAUGAACACCAACAACGACAAGAUCAUCAGCAACAACAGCGAGACAACACUACAGUAACACCAGACCCAGUUGUAAUAUCAAGUCCCUUAAGGCAGCAAAGGCGGAAUGAUGGUAUUUCUGUUAGACCACAGAGAGGGGCCACCACCUCCUAUCAACCAACCAGAGCAAGGACACCUAAGUCAGACAUAGAUGCUGAUAAAAAGUUCUGGUUAAAGCUGGUGUUGGCUUUUGUAUUUUUUGGAUUCCUGGGAGUAAUAUUUGUUAUUCUUGGAAGUGUGGGAACAGUUUAUACGGUCAACUGGAGGGAUUAUGAUGGUUCACCAUUACCUUUUGUGUUUUGUGUAAUAGGAAUUGUUUGUGGGGUGAUCAUUGUGCUCAUUGGUGCUAUCCUGGGAAGGUUGAUGAUUUCUCAGAAGUGGCGUCAGAACUCUGGGAGGAGAAGUGCUUCACGCAGGAGAGCCACAGGUGGCAGAGACACAAGUGACUUGCCCCCAUCAUAUGAGGCUGCAGUAUCAGUUGUACAGGGAGAAUAUGCUGUCCAAGUCUUCACCCAUGUGGACCCCCAGACUGGAGUCAUAUCACCACCAACAUACACAGAAGCUGUGGCAGAAUUACCUAUGUACACAGUUGAAUAUAACCAGGCAAACAAUUAAAUGUUCUAAGCAGUCAUGAAGAGUGUUACUUUUUUGCUUAAAUUGCACAGAUCCUUUAGGAAACUGAAAUACUACAGUUAAAAGGACGAGGCAAUGUUCAAAAUUUACGAAAAACUUAUCAAUCAAAUCAUAUUGAUAUACAAAAAGAAAGGCAUCUAAGAAAUCAUAAUUAUUGUGAUUGAAACUCUUUCGAUUCAAUUUUUUUGUCCUUAAAUGUUUGAUGAAUGUCAAAGUAUCUUUUAAGCGAGGGUAGUGUGGUUUAAUGCAUGAAGUCAUUAAAAUGUGGUGAUUUUAAUGUUAGUUCAGGAGGUCAUAUAUUAUUACCGAUGCUGGCAAGAGCCAUUAUUAAAAAAAUCUAUUUCUUGAAAUGUGAGUAUUGACCCAACUUUUUCAGCAUUCUGUGGGUUUUGAUUUAUGACUGAUCAUAUCUAUAUGAAGGGGCGCCUGAUGUAUAUUAAAGCUGGCCCUCGUCUAAUCAAUUUAGCAGAAAACAUGGACAGAUCAAGUUCUCAGGAGAUUUAGACAUUGUUUAUGUAAUAUCUUCAUUGAAAAAACAAUUUUGCAGAAAGGUUAUUUAUAAAACUAAUGCUUGGCAGACCUGUCAUUUUCCCUUAGUUCAAGCAUCAUUCAUGCUUCCUCAACUGCCUUCAGUUUCAGUGCUUUUCGAAGAAUUUCCCAUUGCUCUGUGGCAUGAUAUUGCCAGCGAUUGACAUUGAAAUGAUCUUGUGAAAUGAAGCAUAUUAGAGAAUAAAGCCAUUAUGUACCAUUCGAGUUUACCAAACACAAAGAAUGUAUUUAAAACAGAUGCAUAUACAGUAUGAAUUAAGUAUGUAUUAUAAGACUUGCAGAAGUUUAAAAUGGAGUGCAUUUUUAGGUAAAAAUUUGUGAUAUUGAAUGCACAUGUACUUAAAAAACAGUGGAUUAAGUUGCAUAAAACUAGCUUCAGAAGUGAUAUGCAAAUUAGUUGCUGUGUGAACUAAUAUGGGCUGAAUGAUAUUCAAAAGAUAUAUUCCUUUUAAUAGAAAUAAUAUUUUGUUUUGUACAAUUUUUUUUCAUCAUGGUGUGAAUGUUUUUUUUUCCCAUGCAUUUGCAAGUCAAUUCAUGAGCACAGCUAUUUCUCUAUUUACAUCGUCAUUGUCAUUAUCAGCCAAAUAAGUCUUUUUCAUAAAUAAAGUAGAUAUUGAUUAUUAAUUAAAUAAAUGUUAGAAAA